GAGUUCUCUGUGACCUGUGAGCCUGUUACGCUGUUCGCAAAUCGCAAGGCCCCACUACUGCUGCUGCCGCCUGACUGCACCUGCUGCGGUGAAGACCACCCACGGCCACCGUGACCAACCCACCUUCAAUUCAGUUUCAGGGAUUGUAAAGUAUCACUACUGUUGCAUUUUUCCACUUUUUAUUGCAAAUUUAGUUGAAGCAUCCUUUUCUCAAUUUGCGCCUUUUUUGAAGAAAGACAAAAAAAAGGAAAGGAAAUGGAAUUACAAACCAACGAGUCCCAAUUUGAAGAACAAGGGGAUGUUUUUCUGGAUGAAUCUGACAUCAUCCAAGAAAUUAAUAUUGAUGAAGAAGAACUUCCUGAAGCAGAUGAAGACCAGGGUUCUGGUGAUGAACAUUUUGAGGAAUUAGAUGAUUCUAUGCAUAUAUUUACCGGUCAUUCUGAUGAGCUUUACACGGUUGCUUGUAGCCCAACAGAUCCUACAUUAGUUGCAACUGGUGGCGGUGAUGACAAGGGAUUUAUGUGGAGAAUUGGUCGAGGAGAUUGGGCAUUUGAGCUCCAAGGUCAUAAGGACUCCGUAUCCAGUGUCGCUUUUAGCGCUGAUGGUUUGUUGCUUGCAUCUGGAGGCUUUGAUGGAAUUGUUCAUGUUUGGGAUGUAUCUUCAGAAAAAUUGAAGUUCAGUCUUGAUGGACCAGGAGGUGGAAUUGAGUGGGUCAAGUGGCAUCCUAGGGGACAUCUUGUCUUAGCCGGAUCUGAGGAUUGCUCUGUUUGGAUGUGGAAUGCGGACAAGGGCACCUACCUUAACAUGUUUAGUGGCCAUGGUGCUACUGUGACUUGUGGUGAUUUUACCCCUGAUGGAAAAACAAUAUGCACAGUAUCGGAUGACGCGACAUUGAGGGUAUGGAAUCCUAAAAGUGGAGAGAACAUUCGUGUUAUUAGAGGUCAUCCUUAUCAUACAGAUGGAAUAACAUGCAUGGCGAUAAGCCCUGACUCAGCGGUUGUUUUGACUGGAUCAAAGGAUCAUAAUGUUCAUAUGGUUAAUAUUUCUUCGGGAAAGGUGGUUAGCUCUUUUACAGCUCACACAGAUUCAGUUGAAUGUGUUGCAUAUUCGCCAAGUGGACCAUGGGCUGCAACGGGAAGCUUGGAUAAUAACCUCAUUGUGUGGGAUCUUCAACGAUCAGAACUUCGCUGUACAUUUCGUCAUGAGGAUGGGGUGACAUGCUUGACAUGGAUCGGUACGUCAAGAUUUAUAGCAACUGGAUCCGUCGAUGGUAAAGUUCGAGUAUGGGAUAGCCUUUCGGGAGGAGAUGCCGCUGUCAGAACCUUUAGUGGGCACACUGAUGCCGUUCAAUCUCUGAGUGUGUCUGCUGAUGGAAAGUUCCUUGUCUCUGUUGCUCUCGAUGAAACUGCUCGUGUUUUUGAGAUUGAUGAACUCAUGUAAACUACUGAAAUUUGAGGUAUGGUUUAUGAGACAACAUACUAACAUCUAGCUAGAGAAUUGGAGAUCUGAAGCAGGAGAAGUGGAUAACUGUAAAUUUGGAAAAGCUUUUGGAAGUAAAAAACUAAAACAUCCUGUUUAUAAUAUUCCCUUCUUUUCCCCUUUUGUUACGGGACAGGUUUAUAAUCAGGUAUCCGGCAUUUCGGGUACCUUAAAAUCCGGGUAGUUGGAUAGUUAACUUUACAAGAAGUUCUAAAAUAAUCCGGGACUAUUUUGUUCAAUUUUGUUUUGAAUAUUGGACGAGUCUACUCUGUAUACAAAAUUCGUAAUUUAUGGUUUAGUUGGCCUCAAUUGAAGUUUUUGGAGCA